GAGCAGAAACCAUAUGAAUGCACAAAGUGUGGAAAGAGAUUCAGUCAGAGUAUCAGUCUUCAGCUGCACCAAAGAACCCACACAGAGGAGAAACCUUUUGAAUGCUCAGAGUGUGGAAAGAGAUUCAGUACGAGUGUGUAUCUUCAACAGCACCAAAGAACCCACACAGGGGAAAAACCUUUUGAAUGCUCAGAGUGUGGGAAGAGGUUCAGUUGGAGUAGCCGUCUUCAACGGCAUCAAGUAACCCACACGGGAGAGAAACCUUUUGAAUGCACAGAGUGUGGAAAGAGAUUCAGUCAGAGUAAUAGUCUUCAAGGCCAUCAAAGAAUCCACACAGGGGAGAAACCUUUUGAAUGCACAGAGUGUGGAAAGACAUUCAGUCAGAGAAGCAAUCUUCAAGUCCAUCAAAGAACCCACACAGGGGAGAAACCUUUUCAAUGCACAGCGUGUGGAAAGAGAUUCAGUCAGAGAAAUAGUCUAAAAGAUCAUCAAAGAACCCACACAGGAGAGAAACCUUUUGAAUGCUCAGAGUGUGGGAAGAGAUUCAGUUGGAGUGGCAGUCUUCGAGGCCAUCAAAGAACCCACACACCGGAGAAACCUUUUGAAUGCUCAGAGUGUGGGAAGAGAUUCAGUAUGAGUGGGGAUUUUCAACGGCACCAAAUAUUCCACACAGGGGAGAAACCUUUUCAAUGCUCAGAGUGUGGAAAAAGAUUCAGCCGGAGUAGUUAUCUUCAAGAGCAUCAAAGAACCCACACAGGGGAGAAACCUUUUGAAUGUAAAGAGUGUGAAAAGAGAUUCAGUCAGAGUGGCAGUCUUCAACUGCAUCAGAGAACCCACACAGGGGAGAAACAUUUUGAAUGCUCAGAGUGUGGGAAGAGAUUCAGUACAAGCGGGUCUCUUCAGCAGCACCAAGCAAUCCACACAGGGGAGAAGCCUUUUGAAUGCUCAGAGUGUGGGAAGAGAUUCAGUCGGAGCGGCACUCUCCAAAAGCAUCAAGUAACCCACACAGGGGAGAAACCUUUUGAAUGUACAGAGUGUGGGAAGAGAUUCAGUCAGAGAAGCAGUCUUAAAGAGCAUCAAAGAACCCACACAGGGGAGAAACCUUUUGAAUGCACAGAGUGUGGGAAGAGAUUCAGACAGAGGCAUCAUCUUCCAGUGCAUCAAAGAACCCACACAGGGGAAAAACCAUUCAAAUGCACGGAGUGUGGAAAGAGAUUCAGUUGGAAUAGCGGUUUUCAAAAGCAUCAAAGAACUCACACAGAGCAAAAAUCAUUUGAAUGCACAGCAUGGGAAGAGAUUCAAUCGGAUCCAAUGACUGAGGUGUAUGCAGUGGUUGAUUUUCUGGCAUUUGGCAUGAAGGUGGGCACGUCCAGUGAUAAGCCAAAAACCUCCCCAGAUCUGGUGCAGAAGAGCCCCCAAAGCCCUGAGCGGCAGCCGGAGCUCCUCUCGGCGCAGGAGACGGCGGGGCGCCCCUUGCCUCCCUCUGCAGCGCCGAGAGGGUUAAAGCCAGCGAGUCGGCGGCUGGAGCGGCCGCGGGAGGACCGGGGAGGCGGGGAGGGGGCGGAGAAGGCUCUGCAGCCCGCGGAAGAGGAGCGGGAAGCCGCGGAGAGAGACGCCUCUCUUCAUACGCAAGGGACUAAAGGCAUCAUUACCCAGUCAGAGGUGGCCUGA